UCUCAAUGUGAUUCUACGUGGAUCCGACAGCCCUUGUAGAGGCCGGCUGGAGGUGUAUCAUAACCGUAACUGGGGCUUGGUGUGUCAUUAUGGGUGGAAAAAAGAAAACGGAGAGGUUGUGUGUAGGUCAUUAGGGUGUGGGAAUCAUAUACACUCUGGCAUAGAAAGGAGCCGUUACAAAGAUCCAACUCCACCACAACAAUAUUGGAUGGAUGAAGUGAAAUGCACAUCUAAAGAAAAUACGCUUUUGGAAUGCCAGUAUGUUAGCAUAGAUACAAAAAAGUGCGAUGAAGAUAGUUUUGUCGCUGUUGAAUGCUCUGGAACUGUUACACUGAGUUUGAAUCUGAAUGGACGCCGUGGUACAUGUGCCGGGUUGGUGGAGUUCUCAACACCUGACGGCAUCUUUGGGGUCUGUAAUUAUGAAUGGGAUAAAAUUAAAGCAAAAAAAAUAUGUCAGGAGCUUGGCUGCGGAGAUCCUUAUAACAUUCCCAAGCCUGGAGUGUUCGUAAUACAACAGAGCAAACAAAGUGUAAGCCUUAAUUGUUUAGGCAAUGAGCAGUACUCCUGGCAGUGUAUAGAGAGGUCAGAUUGCAAGGAGGGAGUCGGUGUGAUCUGCAGCAAUCACGCAUUUUUCCGUCUGCGAGAUGGCAGCAAUGCUUGCUCUGGGUUGGUGGAAAAGUACACUGUCGAAGAAAAAUCAUGGAAGCCCCUUCAGCAGAAAAAUGAGAAGCCUGAAGUCAUCUGUACACAAAUGAACUGUGGUUCCGCCGGAAACUUCACAAACGCUAAUGGAACUAGCACACUGACAUGCUCAGACACCGUGAAACUCAACAACUUCACAGCACAGUGUUUUGGAGAUGUUUCCUUCAGUGUGAAUGGUGUUAACUAUGAAGUGUGCUACAGUGAUUCGAUUCAGUCCCAAAAAAAGCUGGGGACGGUGGUCUGUCGAGAGCUUGGCUGUGGCGACAUGGUGCGUGUGCAAAAGGGCGCCGGUACUACUGGUUUUCUGAGCGAUGUUGAGUGUCAGGGUGAUGAGCCGUCUCUGUGGCACUGCCUGGCAAUUCGUUCGAAAAUAACAUGCAGCAAGACCAAAGUUAUAUGUUCAGACAGCUUGGAUGUACGUUUGAGUGAUGGUCUGGGUCGCUGUUCUGGACGUGUAGAGGUCAAAUGGGAAGGCUCAUGGAGGCCCAUUGGCUCUGACAAGGACACUGUGAAUUUAGACAUGGUGUGUGGACAUUUUAACUGUGGUACACAUAUUCAAGUAUAUAGAGAACUUUUCUUUAAAGGAGAACAGCAGUCAAAGGAAUGGCUAUGGAGCGUCAGAUGUAAAAGCUCUUCUGGAAAGGUCAAUGAGUGUUUCGAAAGUGCUGUUCUGAUGCCACCACGUGACAAAAAUCAGAAAAACAUGGAAAUCAUUUGCCAAAAGGAAGAACUUAAGUUCUUUGAAGGGAAUUCUCCAUGUAAGGGAAAAGUGUACAUCGAGCAAUUUAAUGGCGAGACUCAAUGGCUGCCUGCAAACCCAUUGGAAAAGAAAACAGCCAGUGACCUAUGCAUUGCAAUGGAGUGUGGAUCCCUGGUCUCUUUUGAAAAGGAGCAAAGCACCGCACAUGCCAAUGUCACAUGUUCAGGGUCAAAGACGGUGGCACUUCAAAACCAGCUUGAACAAAAAUGCUGGGGAACGGUGAAGGUCUGUAGCGAUAACAAGUGUGGAGGGGUUUGCAGCAACACUUGGAGACGAGAUGAAGACUCCAAAAUGAUCUGUGGGAACCUGGGCUGUGGAGAACCAAUUCAGGCCUCCUUGCCAUUUACCAAGAUAGAUCUUCUUGUUACUUAUCAUAGUAUGUACUGCUCAGAAAAAGUACAAAACAUGAACAUGUGCAAUUUUAUUCCCGACAAAAACUCUGCUUGCAGUUCCCCAGCCAACGUGAUAUGCGCAGAAAGCAUCAAACCAAAACUGGAGGAUCCAAGAGACAAAUGUGCUGGAAAAGUGUCACUGUUUUACGCUGGGGAGUGGACACCUGUCUGCACUGACAGUCUUGGUGAAAACCUUAAAAAUACAAUCUGCAAGGAACUACUUUGUGGAAAGAGCAUAAAUGAUCAAAAUGAUAUGACUAUGCAUGAAGAGUCUAAAUCCACAGGACUAUCAACAAUUACAUGUCGGGAUAGUGACAAUUCUGUUUCCAAAUGUGACUUCAGUAAGGUUUAUAAGAAAGCAUGUUUGGCUGGCUAUCUGAAAUGCACAGAUUGGGAACGAUUGCUACUCUAUGAAAAGGAAGGUGAAUGCAGUGGUCCAGUAUAUUGUCUGCAAGGUGGAAAAACACAGCAAGUCAGUGGAACUGGAUGGAGCCAAGAGGAAGGACAAAAGCUGUGCGAGUAUCUACAGUGUGGAAAUUAUAUAUCACACUCCCCUAUUCUCAAUAACAAGACAGAGUGGCAGAUCAAACCCUACAAUUUCUCAGGGAAUAAUAAAAUUUGGCAAUGCAAGAGCCAUGAUCAGUCCAUCGAGAAACAGCUGCAGUUAAACAUCAAAUGCGAUCGUAAACCUACCAACAUUUCGCUCUCUGAUAACUGCAAAGGCAAUUUGCUCAUAGAUAACAAGCAUGUUUGUGCGUACCAGUGGAAUGGUGAGAUGUCCCACAAGUUAUGUGAAAGGCUAAAUUGCGGUAAGGCCUUACACAGCUGGCUAACAGACUCUGCCACAAAAAAUUGCUUGCAUUUCAGCUGCACUGGCAAGGAGACACUGGUGGGGCAGUGUGGCUUUAAAAAUGGCGACUGUAGGAAUACCCUCUCUGUGGCCUGUACGGAUGGUAUUGAAUUCAGCACUACCGAGAAGUGUGGUGGGAAACUUGGGAUCAGGUAUAAUGAUCAAUGGCAAUAUGUUUGUGGAAAACUGACUGAGAAUGACAUCAGGACGAUUUGUGAUAUACUCAAGUGCAAGGAUAGUCAAGAACUGCUGGAUGAACAGAAAAUUGUAAAGGCAGUGAAUGUGAAAAUUAAUUGCCCGAGCAAACAUUACAAGAUUUCUCAGUGCAUGCAUUUGAAAUAUGAAAAAUGCAGUCAUACGCCUACUGAAAUCCAAUGCGAAGGUUAUACUCCAAGGGGUAAUUCCUCAGUGGGUCUGAUAAUGGGUCUGUUAGGAGGCAUGCUGGGGUUGCUGAUUUUGUUUUUAAUAUGGACAAAUCGGAAACACCUACUUUUAGCCUUAAGACAUUUCAGAAAUAUGAAUCGCAAAGAAGUCAAUCCGAAUGUGAAUGAAAUGAGUAAGAUGGAUACAGAGGACAAAGAUUCGUCUGAGGGAAAGGCAUCGUUUUUAGAUAAGGAUGACUAUGAGGAUGUGGAUUCUCUCGUGGAUGAGUCAGGAGAGGAGGAAGAUGAAGAUGAUAGAAAAAGAGGUUCUUCUGGGACAGAAUAUGAUGACAUUGAGGGACAAGCCAAUGAAAUCUUUCCUUCUCAAACCCACCGUGAACAUGACCUCAACCUCCCUCUCCUUCCCAGGAGACCCGAGAACAUGCUUGAUCAGGACACAUAUGAAGUGGAGAUAGAGGAACAGGAAGACUAUGAUGAUGUCAUACCUGUCGAGGUUGCAGCCAAUGAAAAUGCAGGGACGGCAGGCGCACAAGCACAUGAAGGUGCAGAUUCAGAUUUAGAUGCAGCUCUGGAUGAAAAUGCAGAUGCUGUAUUGGUGAGCACAGAGGUAGAAGUUCACACUCAACCAGAGUAGCGAAGCAGCCACAUGACCAUAUUGUUCUUUGGGGUUAAUAUUAAUAAGAGAUAAGAUGGCAUGUUCUUUUAUCGGUAGAACACUGGGAAGAAAAUAUGGAUAAACAAAAGCUGUUUAAUUAUGCUGUCAAGAAGAUGUAUAAAAGCAGGCGCACAUACACAAAACUGUUUUGGAAUUUAAUUAUCUUCAAAAGAAAUAUGACUUGAUAAAAAGAGCUCAUUUUUGUGUCGAGAAACCAGUAACAAUUUACGUUCUUUAGGUUUUGAUGUGUAGUUUUGAUCCGUUUGCUUCUGUUUUGCUUUAUUUGUUUUUUAGUUUUUUAGCUCAUAAGCAGGCCCAUACCAGCUCAGCAGAAAACCUUGAAAUUAAAUUGUAAUAAGAUCAAUGCAUUUCAAAUGUUCAAAACAAUGUGGACAGAAACAGGAGGCCAGGAGGAGCAAGUAACGUAAUGCUAAAUUUCUCCAGAUCUGUUCAUAUGAAGAAACAAACUCAAGUAGGCUACAUUUUCAGCAUAUAUUAAUUUUG